AUGGCUUUCCAAACAAACUCCAGCAUUGCAAUGGCUCUUGCUGGCAAGACUGCCUCGGUUGAUAUUCCUCAGCGUCGCUCUGGCCUGAGUGGCGGCCGUGUGUCCACGCGACCCGGACAACCUGCGAUGCUGCCCACGCCACCCAACUCUAUUUCCCCGACCCUCCCUCCUCAGACCUUCAAGCACCGAGCGACACUGUCCCCAGGCUCGCCGCUGUCGACUGUCCCCCAGUUGGACUCCGAUAUCGAUCUCGAGGAUGCGGAACACGCCAACGGUCAUCACGUAUCCCUGCCUGUCGAUGACCUCGACAGUACCGGCGCAAUCACCCCUGCCAUGCUCUCCAAGUAUCAUCUCCCUGAGAUCUUACUGCAGCAGGGGCCCUUAGCUAUCCGCCACGUUAUGGGUCAUCUGACAACUUCGGUCCCUGGCUUUUCGCAUAUUCCCCCAGCCAAGGCACGCAGACUGGUUGUCGCGGCGUUGGAAGGUCGAGGAAACGGAGGAGAGGCGGGUGGUGUUCAAGGCGACGUGGUGUUCGAAAAGAUUGGUUGGGGCCGCUGGGACGCGCGACGUCGUGGUGAACCUGCCCACGAUCGUGAUUUGAAUGCUUCGUCGUCGCCUCCCUCAAGUGUUGCAGGUUCCUUCCAGCAGCGUGGCCUACAGAUUCAGGGCCAGUCGGGUUGGCAGGGUGGCAACCGUCACCCAUACCGCAUGAGCUUUGCCGAAUCCACGGCAUUCUCGUACACCGACGACUACGGCAUACACGGGGACCUCGGCAUGCUGGAGCACGAGGCCGACAAAAUGUCACUCGAUGGUGACGACGGCGAGUACUGUUCUUCCUCGGAGGCUCCCGACGAGACGGAAGAAAAUGAGUGGGUUGAAGGCGAUGACACCGAUGAGGAAGAUUGGGCACAAAUUGGCGCCGACGCUUUGCGCGCCCGUUCGAUGAACAAUAACGGGAGUUUCAUCAACGGCCAUGUCGCUGCGCGUGCAAAGCCUCAACCUUCUGGGAUUUUCCCCGCUACCUGUCCAACUGCGGCUAAGUUGCCACCCCGCACCUUUGACAUCCAGGAACGCGCCGCUGUGGAGGCGCUCCUGUGCCUGGGCUCCAUGUAA